GGCUGGAGCAGCAGGGGCGGGGAGGGGGCAACAUGGCGGCUCCGUAUUAACUUUCCCCCUCGUCAGGCAGCGCCGCCGCCGCUCCCCGCCCCGCCAUGCCGGGCAUGAUGGAGAAGGGAGCCGAGUUCCUGGGGGGCAAGAGCCGGGCGGCCCCCAACGGCACCAAGAGCAGUAGCCCCGCCAACGGGCACUACUCGGAGCCGGAGAGCGGCGGCGGCGAUAGCGGCGACGAGCACGAUGUAGGAAUGCGGGUCGGAGCAGAAUAUCAAGCUCGAAUCCCAGACUUUGAUCCUGGUGCUACAAAAUAUACUGAUAAAGACAAUGGAGGGAUGCUUGUGUGGUCUCCAUACCAUAGUAUUCCAGAUGCCAAGUUGGAUGAAUAUAUUGCAAUAGCAAAGGAAAAACAUGGAUACAAUGUGGAACAGGCACUUGGCAUGUUGUUCUGGCAUAAACAUAACAUUGAGAAGUCUCUUGCGGAUCUCCCUAACUUCACUCCUUUUCCUGAUGAAUGGACGGUUGAGGAUAAAGUCCUGUUUGAACAAGCUUUUAGUUUCCAUGGGAAGAGCUUUCACAGGAUCCAACAAAUGCUUCCAGACAAGACUAUUGCAAGCCUUGUAAAAUAUUACUAUUCGUGGAAAAAAACUCGCUCUAGGACAAGCUUGAUGGAUCGACAGGCUCGAAAACUAGCCAAUAGAAAUAAUCAAGGUGACAGUGAUGAUGAUGUGGAAGAGGCACAUCCAAUGGAUGGAAAUGAUAGUGAUUAUGAUCCCAAAAAAGAAACCAAAAAGGAGGGCAAUAAUGAACAACCUGUUCAGACCAGUAAAAUAGGGCUGGGUAGAAGAGAGUAUCAGAGCUUACAGCAUCGCCAUCAUUCGCAGCGUUCUAAAUGUCGUCCGCCUAAGGGCAUGUAUCUGACCCAGGAAGAUGUGGUAGCAGUUUCGUGUAGCCCCAAUGCAGCCAACACAAUUCUUAGACAGCUGGACAUGGAGCUAAUCUCAUUGAAGCGCCAGGUUCAAAAUGCUAAGCAAGUAAACAGUGCACUGAAACAAAAAAUGGAAGGUGGAAUUGAAGAAUUCAAACCUCCUGAGUUGAAUCAGAAAAUCAAUGCCCGUUGGACUACAGAAGAGCAGCUUCUUGCAGUACAAGGUGUACGCAAAUAUGGUAAAGAUUUUCAAGCUAUUGCAGAUGUAAUUGGCAACAAGACUGUUGGCCAAGUGAAGAACUUCUUUGUAAACUACAGGCGUCGGUUUAACUUAGAGGAGGUGUUGCAGGAAUGGGAAGCUGAACAAGGAACCCUGGCUUCUAAUGGUGAUGCUUCUACUUUAGGGGAGGACACAAAAAAUACUUCUAAUGUGCCAUCAGGAAAGAGCACUGAUGAAGAAGAUGAGGGACAAGCCACGCAGAUCACUCAGUGUUUAGGCCCUUCGCCUCCUGCACAGGCAUCUGCUCCAGCAACCCCUGUAGCAACUUUGAACCAGCCUCCUCCGUUACUUCGUCCAACGCUUCCAGCUGCUCCUGCUCUCCAUCGUCAGCCUCCGCCACUUCAGCAACAGGCUCGAUUUAUUCAGCCAAGACCAACCCUAAACCAGCCCCCCCCACCACUGAUCCGCCCAGCUAAUUCUAUGCCUCCUCGUCUAAAUCCAAGGCCGGUAUUAUCCACAGUCAGUGGCCAACAGCCACCCUCACUUAUUGGAAUUCAGACAGAAUCACAGUCCACUCUGCACUAAAGAAGUGAAAUAGGUCAGAACUAUCGUAAUUCCUUCGAUUAAAAUUUUAUCAAUGUCCGCUUUUCUCAAAUAAUGAAGGGGAGAAAAGAGCAAGCCUUCCAAGGGAUUGUGAAGCAGUUUUACACAGAGAAGCAAGCUAAUAAUCUUAGCAGUGGAACCACGUGAACGACUAUCUAUAUAAAAGAAUCUUCUGUGCAGAAGACUUGUACAGCAAAACAAUGCCUACAGUUCAGCCCUUAUCCAUAUGAAUAACUGUCGAAGGAAGCUAAUCUCUUAAGCAAAUAAAUAUUCUGUGCACCAAGAUUUUGUUUAAUUGAUUUUUUUACUCUAUUUAUUUUAUUAAAGUUCUUUAUAUUGAAACAUCUUAGUACAGGAAUGCAGAGUCUGGCAGAUUUAGGAACUGUGACAACUCCUUAACUGACAGUAGAAAUUAAUUGGGGGGGGGGCGUUAUUUUUUUUGUUUUCCUAUGUUAGGAGUGCAAGAAUUAAUAGUUUGCAGUUCAGAUAUACAAUAGAAGUAUUUCAUGCACUUUUAAACUAUAGACUUUUUUAUAGCUUUCUCAAAACAGACUUUACUUUCUUUUUAAAAAGAUACUAUCUCAUUAAAUACUCCUUUUGAAAGAGUAAUCCGAAGAUCUGCUCAGCUAUUGUACCAAACAUGUUAAAUCUAGCAGUGUGUGUUCAAAUCCUAUAAACCCUCUGAUACUAGGCAUCUGAUUUCCUAGUGCAAAAUUCUAGGAAGUGGAUGUGCCAGCAACUUCCAGGUCCAAGGAGAUGAUGAAAAAUACCAUUAAUGACCAUUGUUGUAAUGUGGCUACUCCGCUUAUUACACUUACAGUUGAAGUACAGUGGUUUUUAAUCCCUUUGUAAAUGGUCAUAUCUAGAGUUACUCUGUAUUAUUGCUCUUUAUCUAAAGCUUUAACUAAAAUACUGGUCAUGCCAAUUAGCAGGGAAUGUGUCCUCAAAUGUUGUGACGGUAGGACUACGUGAAACAACCUUAUUUCAGAGAAGGCUAAAUGGUUAUCUGAGCUUUCCCUUCCCCCAUCUGGGUUUGGUUUUUUUAAAUUUGUAUUAAAUACAAAACAAUUAAAUAGUAAUGCAGGUCUGCAUUUGGUGUUUAUUGAUCCUUCUAAAAAUUUUUGGUUAGGCAUUGGGGGACUUCACUGGAGAAACUAAAUUAUCCCAAUUAUCUGAAAUUAUAAUUUGCGUCUUUAGUGACCGAAAGGUAAAAUGUGAAGUUGUAAGUUUGUCAGCUCUCCUAAAAAACCUAGGCCAGAAACUUGGGUAAGGAAGUGUUUAAAGUUACUGUUUGUUUGGGAGCCAGUGUGGACUGGGUCAAGCUAUGGAAAAGUGUUUGCUUUUAAACACGGUGUCCUGCACCCAUAUUGACCACCACUCUGUUCUAGAAGCUCUUUUAGCUGGAACAGUGUUUGAAUAUUUUAAGUAUAAUUCCAUAACUCUCUGUUCUUGUAGAAGCCUUUUAUCUACUACAUUUAUAAGUUAAAUAUUAAAAUCAGACAUCUAGCCUUAAUUGUGGUUAUGGUGUCAACUCUACAUUAAAAACGCUUUCCAGAAAUGGUAAACUUAGGAGACUCUGUUUUUUGAAACAUCUGUCUCUGCUAAUGUUCUUAGCUCUGAGUACAAAAGUCCCUUUUGAGGGUUUUCUUUCACACCAAAAUUAGAUUCCCAGCCACCACAUUGACAUUAGAUAGUGGUUGUUCCAGAAAGAAAAGCAGCAUUGUAAAACAAACUAUGAAGAGUUCUUUGUGAUGGUUGGAACUUUUUGUUUGGGGGGCUCAAAAGGGCUCCUCAAACAACUACAUGAAGUCUGGCUGACCUUCAGACUUUUAGGCUGACAAGAACCCUGUCUUGUGCAUUUUGACAUAACUGUUUAAAUAGAUAUCUAAUUUUAAUUGUUACCUAAGUAGAAUGCAUCUUUCAGUAUUUUUUUAAGUAUUGAUAUCAAGUCUCCCUGGUGUGUGUACUGUACCUUUGCUAAUUUUUGUCUCGUCUAUUGUCAAUAGAAUUUCAGUAUGCAAAAUGUUGAGUGUUGCAGUACAGUUGGACACCACUGACUGCUAUCAACUGUUCAGUACAUUGUAAUUCAAUUUAAUCCUGUUUAAAUAUUCUGUACCUAGGCAAAGGUGCUGUAUUUGGGGGGCAAGCGUGUAGUGUACUUUAGUUUACGUACACUGUGGCACACAGUAGGGAAACUAGCAGUUGAUGUACUAAACAAAUAUGUACAUAGCAAUGUCCUUUUUAUUGUGUGCUUUGCAGAAUAUGUGCAUACAGUUUGCACGUCUCGUUUUGGGGUGGGAGGUUGUUUUUUAAACAGUGUUUUUGCCUGGAAGAGUGAUAUGCUUGCUGCUUAAUCAAAGGAUUAAAGUUUUAAAGGAAUCUGUGUCUUCUAUUUUUAUGUACCUUGUAAUGGUCUGAAAUUUUAGGGCCCUUAUACUGUGAUUAUCUUCUGAAUUCACUUAUAUUUUUUUAAUAAUUAGAAAUAAAAUUAUACAAUAGUGUUAA